UUUACUUGUCAUUUGGAUAUUUGGUUUUAGUUAUAAAGAUUAAAUCCCAUUGCCAGACCUAGCAACGGGCUAAGCUCUUAAACUACAACACAAAACAAAAAGGGCAAUCAAAAUGACGGAAAAGCAGGAGCACAAUGUGUCCAGCAGAAAGGCCUCAAAGACUUCAACGAAAGUUCAUGAGAUGGAUUUAGAGGAAUCGGAACUGAACGAUCCCUUCCAGGCACUCAUGGAGAAGGCUGGCAACCAUGGCCGCUAUCAGACACUCUACAAUUAUGUGUUUGUGGCCGGUUUGGCUUUCAGCGGAGCAUUGACCUAUAUGAACAUAAUAUUGGCAUUAAAUAUUCCCGAUCAUUGGUGCACUGUGCCAGGCAUAGAGAACACAAAUUUUACUCUAAGUGAAUGGCGUAAUUUGACAUUACCAAAACAAACAGAUAAUCGUGGCAAAGAAACGUUUAGUACUUGCAAUAUGUAUGAUAUGAAUUUCACAGAGAUUACAGACUGGUCAACUUGGAAUGUGAGUCAGCGAACAACUGAAACUACAGUUUGCCAGAAUGGCUGGAGCUAUGACCAGACCUGGUAUGAUAACACCAUACCAACGGACCACAACUGGGUCUGUGCCAAGGAUUUGUUCGUGACAAAUGUGUUCGUUGUGGGUCGUGUGACGGAGGUGGUUGGUUCAUUUAUAUUUGGACAAAUGGGCGAUUCCUAUGGACGGCGAUUGGUGUUCUUCAUUAGCUUGGUCUUCUGCUCGGUGGGCCGUAUGGUCUCCAUAGUGUGUACGAGCUCGUAUACAUGGUUUCUUAUUAUGUCCGGCAUUGUGGGACUCACUGUGAACAGUCUAUUUCAGUCGCCCCAAAUUAUUGGCAUGGAAAUCUCACGGGAAGAGGAUCGCAGUCGCAUUGCCUUCUUUCAGAGCGUCGGCUGGUCCGUUGGCACCACAUUCAUGCCUUUGAUGUUCUGGUGGUUGCGCCAAUGGAAAUCCUUUAUGUGGGUAACAUCGGUGCCCACAGCGCUGGCUUUAAUUUUCUCCAAAUACGUCAUCGAAUCGCCACGCUGGUUGAUUAGCAAACGCCGUUUCCGCGACGCCAUUGUCCAGAUGAAGAAGAUUGCCAAAAUUAAUGGACGCAACUUUGAUGUGACCGAGAAAGAGCUGGCGGAAAUCUAUAGACAGGAGAAGCAGGAUGUGACCUAUGGCAUUGCCUCGCUAUUUGGUGGUUGGCGUCUGGCCCGGAAUACCAUCAUCAUGGGCUUCAGCUGGUGCGUAGUGGCCGUUUCCUAUUUCACAUUGGUUCUCUUUAGUUCCCGCAUGGCGGGCAAUCCGUUUUUGAACUUUUUGUAUCAGAGCAUUGUGGAAAUUCCUGCCUAUGUAGUGGGUCGUUAUCUAGGCGAUACAUACGGACGCCGUUUCACCAAUUCGGUUUCCUUUAUCAUAUCCUUCAUUGCCUGCCUGCCCAUUAUUGCCUAUGCCACGGAUGAGCGUUACGAGAGCAUGAUGAUCUACCUGGCCACCUUUAUUAAGUUUCUCAAUGCCCUGACCUUCUUCACAGUCAAUUUGCAGUGCCUGGAGAUCUAUCCGACAUGUAUGCGGCAAACGGGCAUCGCAUUGGGCACCAUUUUGGCCAAUGCGAUUGGCGUCUUGGCCCCCUAUCUUGUUUAUCUGGGGACUACAGUUGAUAUACGGGCACCUUACUAUAUAUUGGGUACCCUCUUCCUGCUAGGCGGUAUUGGUGCUACAUUUUUGCCCGAAACUCUGCACAAGAAAUUGCCAGACACCAUGGAGGAGGCCAAUCACUUUGGCAGACACGAUAAAUUCUUCAGUCUGCCAAAACCGCCGCUGGCUUCAGUGGCAGAUGAGAAUAUGAAGAUGCCAUCCCAGCCGGAGUUAACCAAACUGAAUCAGGCGGAGUUUGCGCCUUGAAGCGAAUAAUAGCAAUUGAUUCCCGCUGCCUUUCCCUUUUGUGUGAUGUAACAUAUAUACAUUUAUAUAUAUAUUUAAGUGUGGCCCAAAGUAUUAGGAAUAAAGUAUUGUUAUGUAGGUAACUGUAA